AUCAGGAGCUGAAAAGGAAAGGAGAGCAAACGGCUAUUUCAAAGAACCACAGGACUUCAUAAUAAAAUGUAAAACACUGAGUAGGGUUCAAAUGACUGCUUAAAGGGUGUCAAGGUAAUGCUGCAGGGAAAAACAGCGAUGGAGGCUGUGGCAUAACCAAAAUUACUGUAGCAAUGUGCCGUGUACUUAAAAUCUCCUUACAUUUGGUCGGCUCGAAGAGGGGACCGGGUCUGCAACCACUUGUGUGACUUUGUGAGGAGAGCUUCGGCACAUAUCCUGCGGGGAUCCACUGCUUUUUAUUAGAGGAAGGACAUAAUCGAGGACACCUGUUCAGACGGCGCAAAAUGAGGCAGCGCAGACGUGGGCAGAGUGUGGGGGUAUAGGAAGAGGAGAGAGCGGGAGGGUAGGUAGUAGUGUGUGUGAGGCUGUCAGACAGCAUGGUCUGGGUCUGAGGACAGCACUGGAAGACAAAACAGCCGCCUACUGAACUCCAUGUAGACCAGAGUGGUGCCAUCCACAGAUCACCUGGACCUGUUCACUCAUCAGCACCCACCCAAGACAACACCUGCCUGUUUUAGAAGUAAGCGGAGUAGGACCAGGGAGGUGGGUCUGUUUAUAUUCUUUUUCUUUUAUUAUUUUCUCAGUUUUUUGGUUUUUGGAGUUGGCUCCUGGCUGGACCGCAUGCAUGACACAACGCAAAGGCGAGAAACCCACCAUCAGCAUCCAGGAGCACAUGGCCAUUGACGUGUGCCCUGGCCCCAUCCAGCCCAUCAAGCAGAUCUCUGACUACUUUCCCCGGUACCCACGGGGCCUUCCCCCUGCUCUGCCCCACGUUGGGCCCCUCCGCUCUGCCCUCUCCACCUCCUCAGCUUCUGCCUCCACGACUGCUGCUGCUGAGAGUGACCGCCCCAAUGAGGAUAACCCAGACCGGGCUCUUGCCGGAGCCUCCGCCUCCUUACAGGCCACCAAAAAGGACGAGGAGCCUGAUGUGGAGGGAUACGACUCAGAUGACUCCAGGGAGAACUCAAUGAGUUGUACAAUACAGCUCUGCUAGACAGACCACAAUGUCAGGCCUUAGAGGGGAGUGCUGGACAGAGUACGCUUGCUGAGCUCACCUGGACUAAUACC